CAAGUUUCAAACGGCCAAAAUGUUUAAGUCCUUUUCUUUAAUCAUCUCCUUGUUUCUGUUUUGUUUCAAUGCCUUUGCUACCGUUCCUCCCUCUGCAACAUUUAAGCACGUCAACGAUGGCGAAUUCGGGCCAUUUGUCGUUGAAUAUCUCGGAAAUUAUCGUGUCAUAAGUAUAGCUAAUGCCCCAUUUCAGCUUGCCUUUUAUAACACCACCCCUGAUGCUUUCACCCUUGGGUUACGCAUGGCUAGCACGCGUUCGGAGUCGUUGUUCCGUUGGGUUUGGGAAGCUAACCGGGGAAACCCGGUUCGCGAGAAUGCAACGUUCUCUCUCGGGGCUGAUGGAAACCUUAUCUUGGCCGAUGCUGAUGGCCGAAUUGCUUGGCAGAGUAACACUGCCAACCGAGGUGUGGUGGGGUUCAAAUUGUUGUCAAAUGGUAACAUGGUGCUACAUGACUCCAAGGGUAAGUUCAUUUGGCAAAGUUUUGACCAUCCAACUGAUACACUCUUGGUGGGUCAGUCACUUAGAGUUGGAGGCCCGACCAAGCUUGUGAGCCGAGCAUCGGUCCGAAACAACGUCAAUGGGGCUUAUAGCUUGGUGAUGGAGCCCAAACGGUUGGUCUUGCAGUAUAAAGGCUUGAACUCUCCUAAGCCAUUGGUUUACUUCAAAUCAUCAGUUUGGCCAAGCACACAAGAUGGCACAUUACAAUCUAUAACACUAAACGUUGAACCGGACACUCAUGAGGGUCUUGCUUAUCAUAUUGUCCUAGAUUACACCGUGGCUAAAUCCUCCUCCGGCGGCACAGGGAAUCUCAUAUUGGCUAGGCCUAAAUACAACAGCACGUUGUCGAUCCUCCGGCUCGAUAUAGACGGUAACCUCAGGAUUUUUACCUACAAUGACCAAGUCGAUUCAAGAGCAUGGGAAGAGACAUUCACUCUCUUCUCUAGGGACUCAAUAUGGGGCACGGAAUGUGAAUUGCCUGAGCGAUGUGGGAAGUUCGGGCUUUGUGAAGAGAACCAAUGCGUUGCUUGCCCAUCACCCGAGGGAUUGUUGGGUUGGAACAGGAAUUGUGAGGCGAAGAAGGUGAGCUCGUGUAGGCCUAAUGAUUUCAGCUACUACAAGCUAGAAGGAGUUGAGCAUUUCAUGAGCCGAUACAAUGAAGGACAAGGGCCCAUCAAAGAGAGUGACUGUGGGAAGAAAUGCACUACGGAUUGCAAGUGCUUGGGGUACUUUUACCAUAGGGAAACAUCCAAAUGUUGGGUUGCUAAUGAGUUGAAAACCCUGGCUAAAGCAUCCAACCCUUCUCAUGUGGGUUAUAUAAAGGCACCCAAAAAGUGAUGGGUAGUAGUAACUAAAAUAAUCCAAGUAUUAAGAUAAGGGCUAAAGUGUAGCAAAAGUUUACAGGCAAAAUAAUGUAAACUAAAGCAGAAUAAAUCAGCUGUA